AUGUUGCCUCCUUCGCAGCGUUGCCGUGAUCAGACGACAAAAGCUCCAACAGGACCCUUCAAAAGAGAUCACCUUUUGAAGUAUUUGGAAGAGAAAGCAAAGAGCGAAAAGGACUGGGAGGAUGUGGUGCCGUUCUCACUUGGAACAAAACGAGGCAAAGUAUGGGAAGGCGACAGCGGCCGCGAAUCUGCUGAAGAUGGCACCACGUCAGAGGAACAUCCAGCGUCAAGAGUUGCUCGAAUGGAGAUGCCGAUUGAACUCGAUUUGGACGAUGACGAUGAUCUUGAUGAGGCAUUGGAUGGUGCACCUGAACGAGAUCUCGUUGAUCUGGCCGGAAUUCUCGGUAAGCAUUUUGAAAGGUGGUUUUGCUAUCAUGUGGACGAAGUAGUCUUGACAGAGUUAGCGUGA